AUGAUUUUUUACAGAUAUGGUCAUUGUUGUAAAGCGAAGUUCAUUGGUGCUUUGAACGAAAAGUUAACUGUCGCACAAAAGGAGUACAUUGCAAGCACCCCGUUUUGGUGGUUUGCGAUGUUAAAGCAAUCAUUGAAGAUAAGUAGAAACGUUUUAUCUCACUUAUGUUGUAGAUGGGUUGAAAGAAGGGGUGGUUUUGAUGUUGGUGGUGCAGUGGUUGAGUUUAGUUUAUUAGACGUUUGUUUAGGGUUAGGAUUGAGGGUGGUCGGUGAAAAAAUUGAUUUAAAUGAGGAAGUUGUGGACAGUGAGACGUGGAAUACUUUUGGGCGUCAAAGAGUUGAUGUUAAGUUCAUAUAUGACUUUUUGAUGAAAUUUGAUGAUGAUGUUGGUGAUGUUGAAUUAUUUUGCAAGCUAUAUGUUGUGUUAGGUAUUUCAGAGUUCUUGCUUGGAAGUAAAAAGGGUUGUGUUUUCCCCGUUAUUUUUAAAGUUGUUGAUGACAUGGAAAAUAUUGGGAAAUAUAAUUGGGGUACAUUAGUGUAUGAGUAUUUGGUGUUUAGCUUGUGUAGUGCUUCGUUGGCGUUGCAGAACGAACCAAGUCGAUUUGAGUUUUAUGUGGUUGGAUGUGCGUAUUUGCUUGAGUUAUGGUCAUUUGAUCAUUUGGUUGUUUGCCAAUCAAUGUUCAAUUGUAAGAUGAACUUGUUCCCACGGUUGUUGUAUUGGAUGAAUGUGAGCGUGGGUGACAAGGUCAUGAAGACUGCGUUUGAUCACGACAUGGCUAUUGUUGAUGUGGCGGUGUCAAAGGAAGAACUUGAUCAUGCUAUUGUAAGAGAAGCAUUUGAACAUUUCGGCACUGAAUUCAAAACCCAAGAAUUGAAGGACAAGGAAGAGCUACAGAGUUUGUUAGAACAUCAUGAAGCCGAGAUAGCUGAUUUGGAACAAUCUAUGUCCGCAUUGGAUGAGUUGGUUGCAAAUUGGAAGGGUCAACAACAGAAGGACGAGGUCCGAGAUGAGGUUGGUGAUGAUGUCUUCAUUGAUCCACGUGCAUCCGUAAUGACUGAUGAAAAAGAUGAUGGUGCACAACAAAGCAAUAUGUAUGACCGUAUGAAGGCCAGACCUAGGAGGCGGUUCAAGAGUGUUGCCACAAAGACACCAUAUUCUGUUUAUGGAAAGAACAAGUUGAAAUCCCUGCAAAUUGGUUAA